AUUGAUUUUUACGCGUUGAUAAAUUAUUUUACCACAAUGCUAUACGUAACCAGAGCAUGCCACGAACGCGGUGUGCAUCACAUGAAAUAUUGUGGCAUGGUGUUGGCUUGGUCGGGCAUGCUGGUCUGCAAUGUUUGAUUAUUUUUAUCACAAAAUUGCUCGGACGCCCCCUUCCGGCGAUGGCGUGACAAGGAAACGGCAGCGGUCACCAUUACAAUACCAAAAAUAGAUCUAAAAAGGUUUAAUGGCGCACAACUGUCUGGAAGGCAUUUGUUUAACUCAUAUUUUAAACUGCGAACAGGUUAUACCGAUCAGUUAAGCAGUGCUUCAAUAUUUUACAAGGGGAAGGUGAUUGAUCUUCUGAGAAGGAAUCGUAUUUUAUUUUACAGGAUACCGCCUCUGUACAUAGUAGGGUUUGUAACGGUGAGGGAAGAAUGCAAAAAUAAAGCAAGUAAAGCAAUAAUUGUGUAAGAGAAGAAUGAAUGCAUCAUAGGCUUAUCAUAAGUUUCGGCGGCAGCUCUCCUAGAUCAGAAAUGCUUUACUGUAAGACUUUAAAAUACGUAAACUAUCACAGUGCGUACCGAUGGCUUAGCACAUGAGUAAUUGAUGUUUAAUACGAUUUAUGAAUCCUUAACAACACAAGGACACGUACGGGUUAAAAAAAAGACGCGAUUUCGCGGUAGAAUUUUUGUUAAAAUACAUUUUUGAGUACCACCCCUCCGCAUGCUGAAACACCGAAUUUUAAACGGGAAGAAAGUGUACACGCUAGAUCAGAAAGAGACAGAUUCACAUCCUGCAAGAUUUUCUCCUAUCGAUAGCUUUUCAGAAGAGCGUGUUAGAUUGAAGAUCAAAUAUGGUAUGCCUCCUUUUGAAGAACGGGACGGCGUAGAAGAAUAAGGAGGCGUGGUGAUUUGUGUAUGGUAAGCUCGGUUUAGCAUGCAUGAUGUCAAACGUAGGUACAAUUUUAGGUUGCUUGGUCUCACAUUUGAUGAAAUAAAUAUUUUCAAUAA